CGACAAGUUUUAAUAAGAAAUUUCGUUGCGAUAAUCAAUCAUGGCGUAUACUUCCUCCGGCAACGCUGGUCCCAGCAUCGAGGACCUUCUCUCCUCAUACUCGAUCCUCACCUCCCUAGCCCCAUGGCUCUCGACCCUUGACCUCUAUCAUCUCAGUCUGACAAGCAAGUCAGCUUACGAGUACAUCCAAUCGUCAACAGUGGUCUUCAAGUCACUCAGUCGGCAUUGCCUCUGCGAUGGUCGCGGCCUCGCUACCCGUCAAGCCUAUGCAAGUCCCUAUCACAGAAACCGUAUGGCGGGCCAGUCAACGCUGAGCCCUCAUCUUACAGGCGACGAAGAGAUCGAAGUACGACUAUAUAACAUCGACUGCGAUGAAGCAGGUGCUUUGCCGUGUUUGAAAUGCGGUAUCAACAUCUGUGAAGAAUGCAGAUGUUAUCCGCGUGCAGCUCCACCAAGUGCAUAUCCGAAUCGCCGACCGCACUUGAGAGGGAGUUAUGAGCUUGAUAACAUCAUGUGUUUGUGUGAGGAGUGUGACGCGAAGACUGAACAAGAGGUGACGGGAAGGUUCCUGGACGAGAGAUGCGAUUGUGAUGUCUAUACGCGGUGGAUCUGCGUCAGAUGUGAAGAGGAGGAGCGCAAGACGUCGCGGAAGUACUUUGCAGAACGAACGGAGAUGGAGUGGAACUGGAUUGUGAGGGAGGAUAUGGACUACGGAGAUGAUUUUGAGCCCUCAAAGACGCUUCAUGAUCAUGCGUUUGAACGAGCAUUUUGGUGUACUUGCGGCAAGACAGUCUCGCACAGUACAGUACCGCGUUGUAUCUGGUGCAAAAGGCGGCAUUUACCAGAAAGUGAAUGGUACCAGGAACGUCAGGAUAUUAGUUCGAAGCAUCCUUUCUUCGAUAACGUAAAUGCUCAACCCCAAGCCGAACUGGCAUAUCCUUUCUUACCGUUUGGAGCAGGAUCCUGAUUAUCCUCGAUGGGUAAGCGAUGACGAUAACAAGUAUCCAACUCCUUAUCCAAGGUUAGGGUAUGUUCGUACAGGGGAAGAUGGAGAGACUCGAGCCUCGUGACAGCGUUAGCAGGGCAAAAACACUUGUUCCUGUGUAGUCAUGGAAGUUUGGCCCUGUGAAUGGUCUUGAAACAAUGAAUUGAACCUAUUUGCCUGCUUUAAAUAAACUCUUGUACGUC